AUGCACGAGCUCCAGCGGGACAAUACCGCGACCUUUUCUUUCCUUGAAGGUGAUAUCGAUUCAGUCCCCGGCCCGGGAAUCGCGGGCUUCUAUGACGGUCCGUACUACAGCUACUACCGUUUCCCACGCACUUUCUCCCUCGAGGAUAGCGAUGAGUCCGAUAUCCUGGAGGCUUACGAGCAACUGAGUGAAACGGUUGCCUUAGAAGGCCCGUUCGAUGGGAUUCUAGGCUUCUCCCAUGGCGGAACAUUGGCUGCUGGAUUUAUGAUUCAUCAUGCCAAGAUCAACCCGAACCAACCUGCGCUAUUUCGAUGCGCAAUUUUUAUCAAUUCCCUGCCACCGUUCCGCAUGGAGCCCGGAAAGCGCCCUGUCGUAGAUGAAGGAUUAGAGGGAUUUAUCACAAUCCCUUGCGUGCAUAUCGCCGGGGCCAAAGACCCCUUUUUUGACUACUCCCUGGCUCUGUAUCGGCUAUGUGCUGAGAGGCAUUCGAUAUUCGCCGUACAUGGAAAGGGCCAUGACAUCCCCGGCGAUGAAAAGAAUGUCGCCAUCAUCGCCACUGCAAUUCGAAAGUUGUCCAGUCAGAUCUGGUGA